AUGGCGCCCUAUCCCACAGGCACGUGCGCCAACUGCACCAACCACGGUGUGCUCAAGUAUGCGCGCCGCACCAUGUGUACCCGCUACAAAUGCCAGAAGGCGGCCACGGCGGAGCGCGUGGCGCGCCUCGCCGACGGCGGAGGAGACGCGGUCGUGCCGACAUACUGCUUCGAGAUCAACGGCGUGCUCGCUUCCAUGACGGCGGCGCUGGCCAUCUCUGGCUGCAAGGUGAUCGAAGUGCACGCAACGACACGCGUCUUCGAUGACUCGCUAGAGGACACCUUCGUGGUGCAGACGCACGGCCGCCAGGUGAAGGACGGCGAGCUUGCAGACGUCUCGCACCGGCUGCUCGCCGCGACUAAGGACCCGCUUCAGGCGCGCUCGCUCAAGCAGGAGCUUUCGCGGCUUCAGAACUCAUCAAAGCACAACGAGCACCCCACGCCGGAGAAGGCACGGGGGCUCGAGCGCGGGCUAACCGCUAAGCCAGUGUCAGAGUGGGAGCACCGAGGCAAUGCUGGCGUGAAAGCGCCGCCGCAGAAGACUCGCCGGCUCCCUUCCUCGCGUGGGGACUACCGGCCGGUCCUCCACGCCUGCAAGAACUGCCAAAAGGCGCGGACGGCCUGCACAGACCAGCGGCCGUGCCUGCGGUGCACUCGGCUCGGGCUCCAGUGUGAGGGCGAAGCGAAGCCAGUGCGCCGCGCUUGCGACCACUGCAAGCGGGCCAAGACGAAGUGCGACCUCAACGACGCGAUGCCCUGCGCACGCUGCGUGCGGCUCGGGCUCGAGUGCACGGCGAGCGGCAACUUCAAGAAGCCGCUCGGCCUUCAGCAGGAGCAAGUCGGGCUUGCUCUGUGCGUGCCCGUUGCCAGCUCGCCCGACGCCGCCGUCGCCGUCGCCGUCCAGGCCGCCGUUGCGACGACGGCCACGGCGCAGGCGGCGACGGCGCUGGCAACUGUUCCGACGGUGGUUUCGACCGCGCUUGCCCGCGACGACAUCACCGAAGGCGAGGCCACUGCCGCUCUCGAGGAGCUCCUCGACGAGCCUGUGAGCGCGCUCGGGCUGCCUCCCCUCAACGAGCUCGGGCUGUCACCCCUCGAGAGGGCGGCGUCCCGGGUGGACCCCAUGUUCUCUCCUCCUCACCUUUGCAUGGACAUAAUGAGCGACGGAGGACUCGAUACCUUCCUGUCGGUUGCGCUGGCCGACCCCGUCGCCGUGGUCUAG